UGUCGCAUUAAAAUGACAACGCCAAAUGACAACGUCAGAAAAAUACAGUACGAAAAGACGGAUUUUAUAGGAAAAGGUGCAUACGGUUCAGUGUUUGGUGGUACAUUUGACGGCCAAAAAGUAGCAGUAAAACGGGUUGAGCUGAUUGGUGAAACAGUUCAUCCAGUUGACAACGAGCUGAAAAUUCUUCAACAAUUGGCCCACCCGAAUGUUAUCAAAUUCCUUCAUUUCGAAAGCGAUGAAAAUUUCAAAUACUAUGUUUUGGAAUUUUGCGACACAUCAUUGGAUAAGCUGUUCUUAAAACCGGACGAUCCUAGGAAAUACAAAGGACCUAUACCACUCCCUAUCGAAAUGUUCCUCCAUUUAGCUUCAGGACUUGCUUAUAUCCAUUCGAGGGAUUUGAUUCACCGAGAUAUUAAACCGGACAACAUUCUGAUUUCUGUGAAAAUGACUGACCAAGGCGAGCAGGCAACGAUGAAGUGGGGUGAUUUUGGAUUGUGCCGACCCGUGAAUGAACGAGGAACAUACACAAUGAGUGGAAUCAAAGGAACUCGAUCUUGGUUUGCGCCUGAGUUGUACGAAAUUCUGGCUAACAAUGUUUUGGACGAAAAACGUGGGACAGUCAAGAGCGAUGUCUUUGCAGAAGGCCUCGUCUUCGGUUACAUUCUCUUGAAUGGAAUACAUCUCUACGGUUCAAACGAUGAAAUUAUUAUAAACAUCCAACAGAAUAUACCGAUUAAUAUGGAGAAGAUUCAUAAUUUGCAUUGGGCACGCAGUUUGUUACCAAAAAUGUUGACCACUAAACCUACAGAGAGAAUCACAUCACGGGAUGUCGUUACUGAACUUCAAUCCAUUCAAACGAAACUUGGAUGGAAUGAUUUACAUUGGGUGUGUGCAAACAACUCAAAAUCAAACCUAAUGAAAGAAAUUGAGUUGUUGAUAAAACGCGGAAUCGACACAAACGCAAAGAGCAACGAAGGACUGAGCGCAUUACACGUUUUGUGCACAUACAAUUCCAGUCCUUAUUUAACAGAUGCAAUUGAAUUCUUAAUCAAAAACGGAAUGGAUGGAAACGCAAAAGACAACAACGGCAUGAACGUACUCCACACUUUGUGUGCAUUCAAUUCAAGUUCAAAUUUAAUAGACCCUAUCGAAAAGUUAAUCCAACUAGGAACUGAUGUGAAAGCAAAGAGCGGUGAAUUCGGAGCAAACGCCCUCCAUUUCCUCUGUGCUUACAAUUCAUCAUCAAAUUUAAUUGACGCAAUCAACCGUUUACUUAAUAAAGAAUUAGAUAUAAAUACAGUUGACGACAUCGGACGAAACGCACUCCAUUACAUGUGUGAGAAGAAUUCAAGCACAAAUUUAAUUGAAAACAUCGAACUUUUGAUCAACCUUGGAAUUGAUAUCCACGCAAAGGACAAAAACGAAAGGAAUGCGAUUCAUUUCCUGUGCAAAGGUAAUUCAUCGUCAAAUUUAUUUGGCGAAACGGAAAAGUUAAUCCAACUCGGAGUAAACGAGAACGCAAAAAUCAUCGGCGGAUUAACCGCACUCCAUUUCCUCGGCAAAACCAAUUCACCCUUAAAUUUAUUUGGCGCAAUGGAAACGUUAAUUCAAUUCGGAAACGAGAUGAACGCUAAGGGUGGCGGCGGGCUUACCGCAUUCGAUUUCCUCCGCGAACACCUUUCGUACACUAAUUUCAUUGGCACAAUCGAGCGUUUACUUCAAGGAGGACUAGAUGUGAACACAAGAGACAACAAAGGAAGAUACGCACUUGAUUAUUUGUGUGCAUACAAUUCAAGCCCUUAUUUGACUGAUGCAAUAGAUUUCUUUACCAAAAGGGGAAAUUAUGUUAAUGCAGAAAAUAAAAACCGCCUUAACGUACUCCACCAUUUGUGUGCAAACAACUCAAGCUUAAAGUUAAUAGACGCCAUCGACAAGUUAAUCCAACUCGGAAUCGACGUAAACGCAAAGGAUGACAACGGAAUAAACGCACUCCAUUGCCUGUGCGCAGUGAAUAAAUCCACAAAUUUAAUUGAUGCGAUCGAAAGGUUAAUUCAACUCGGAAUCGACGUGAACGCAAAGGUUAAAAACGGAUUCAACGCACUCCAUUUCCUGUGCGCAGUGAAUAAAUCCACAAAUUUAAUUGAUGCGAUCGAAAGGUUAAUUCAACUCGGAAUCGACGUGAACGCAAAGGAUGACAACAGAACAAACGCACUCCAUUUCCUGUGCGAAAACAAUUCAUCCUCAAAUUUAAUGGAUGGAAUCGAAAAGUUAAUCCAACUCGGAAUUGACGUGAACGCAAAGGAUGACAAGGGAACAAACGCACUCCAUUUCCUGUGUAGUAACAAUUCAUCCUCAAAUUUAAUUGAUGGAAUCGAAAAGUUAAUCCAACUCGGAAUCGACGUAAACGCAAAGAACAACAACGGAGCAAACGCACUCCAUAUCUUGUGUAGGAACAAUUCAUCCACAACUUUAAUUGAUGGAAUCGAAAAGUUAAUCCAACUCGGAAUCGACGUAAACGCAAAGAACAACAACGGAGCAAACGCACUCCAUUACCUGUGUAGUAACAAUUCAUCCUCAAAUUUAAUGGAUGGAAUCGAAAAGCUAAUCCAACUCGGAAUCGACGUGAACGCAAGGCGCGACAACGGAGCAAACGCACUCCAUAUGCUGUGUAGUAAGAAUUCAUCCUCAACUUUAAUGGAUGGAAUCGAAAAGUUAAUCCAACUCGGAAUUGACGUGAACGCAAGGCGCGACAACGGAGCAAACGCACUCCAUUUCCUGUGUAGUAACAAUUUAUCCUCAAAUUUAAUGGAUGGAAUCGAAAAGUUAAUCCAACUCGGAAUUGACGUGAACGCAAGGCGCGACAACGGAGCAAACGCACUCCAUUUCCUGUGUAGUAACAAUUUAUCCUCAAAUUUAAUGGAUGGAAUCGAAAAGUUAAUCCAACUCGGAAUUGACGUGAACGCAAGGCGCGACGAUGGAACAAACGCACUCCAUUUCCUGUGUAGUAACAAUUCAUCCUCAAAUUUAAUGGAUGGAAUCGAAAAGUUAAUCCAACUCGGAAUCGACGUGAACGCAAGGCGCGACAACGGAGCAAACGCACUCCAUUUCCUGUGUAGUAACAAUUCAUCCUCAAAUUUAAUUGAUGGAAUCGAAAAGUUAAUCCAACUCGGAAUCGACGUGAACGCAAGGCGCGACGAUGGAACAAACGCACUCCAUCUCCUGUGUAGUAACAAUUCAUCCACAAAUUUAAUUGACGGAAUUGACAAGUUAAUCCAACUCGGAAUCGACGUAAACGCUAGGCGCGACGACGGAGCAAACGCACUCCAUUUCCUUUGCGCAAACAAUUCAUCCACAAAUUUAAUUGACCGAAUCGAAAAGUUAAUCCAACUCGGAAUCGACGUGAACGCAAAGGAUGACAACGGAGCAAACGCACUCCAUUGCCUGUGCGAAAACAAAUCAUCCACAAAUUUAAUUGACGGAAUCGAAAAGUUAAUCCAACUCGGAAUCGACGUAAACGCGAGGCGCGACGAUGGAGCAAACGCACUCCAUGUUCUUUGCAAGGAAAAUGCAAGCACAAAUUUAAUUGAAGCCAUCAAACUGUUGAUCCACCUUGGAAUUGAUAUCCAUGCAGAGGACAAAAACGGAUGGAACGCGCUCAAUUUCCUUUGUAGAUAUAAUUCCAGUGAAAACCUAUUCGACGCGGUCAAAUAUUUAAUUGAACUAGGAAUUGAGAUUAAAUCCGACGGUGACGACGCGAAGGAUCUCUUACGCAAAAAUUACAAAAAAGAUAACUUGGAGGAAAUCAUGAAACUAUUUGACAAACUAGACCUUGCUAGCAAUUAAUCAACAAAAACGAUAUUGACUGCAGCAUGUGUGAACCUAAGGCCACGGAACGUAACAACAUCCAAUGAAAUGCUGUGGUCACAAUGCUGGUGUCGUUUGCUAUGGAAAUUAUUCUAUAAACAUGAUUGACAAGUUAGUCCAAUACA